AUGCGUUUUGUGGACAUUGUCAAGGAGUACUUAUUUAAUUCGACGAUCCAUGGCGUCAAGUUUAUAGCCGAUGAGUCUUAUCAUGCGGCCGAGAGAAUUUUCUGGAUAGUCUGCGUCAUCGUAUCCUGGUUCGGUUCGGCCCUGCUGAUCAACGCCUCCCUGGAAGCAUUCCGAACCAGUGCCAUCUCGUUCGUGGUGGAAACGAACUACCGUGACUGGAACACCAAAUUCCCGGCGAUCGUAAUAUGUGAAAUGCGUAACAUGGAACGCAUCCAGAUGGUGGCCGAUGAGUUAUGGGGUGAAGAUCACGACUUUGCAAUGGAGGAAGUUCUCAACGAGAUUGGAUAUUUCCGGGGGGAGUCGUACCACACUGUGAACGAGUGCAACGGUGAUGAACCUGCGGAAAAUUGCUUCUAUUCCAACUUUUCCGACUAUGCUCGCUUGGUACGGAGCACUUGCGAGGGCACGCUGGAGGAGUGCUACUGGAACGAUAAGCCGUUCGAUUGUUGCAAGUAUUUUCAACCCAUGGAAACGGAACUGGGAUUAUGCUAUGCUGUGAACUCUGUGCAGACUAGUGCAAAAAAUCCUAUCAAGAUUGAUAUGAUUUCGAACAAGUACACGGGACCAGGCAAGCUGAAGGUUACAUUGCUGACCGAGGCUUACGUUUACACGCUUGGGGAGGAAGAUGUUCCCAAUUUGAUAACUCCCAAGUCGGAGGUUCUGUUGAUUGAUUACUACAUCGCCUACAAACGCCAAAUUUCCGUCAAAGACAUCGAAAACGAUCCGGAAACGAAGCAGGUUAGCGUCGAGCAACGCAAAUGUCGCUACCCCGAUGAGAACAUCUUGGACGUCCACGCGUACUACAGCUACAGUGCAUGUUCCGUGCAAUGCCGGAAGGAUAAACAGCUGCAAAUCUGUAAUUGUACCAGCCACCUAAUGCCGAACACAGAUCCCUCGCUCAAGUGCAACAUGACCGGGCUGGUCUGUCUGAAUGCACACUACGAGGAGCUGACCAUCGUCAUUCCCAAGUGGUCCACCGGGAAGCAGGGGGUCGUGUGCGACUGUCUGCCGUCCUGCACCGAGGUGGACAUUGCGAUCGUGCACGAUUCGCGUGAAAGUGUCUACAACCCGGAAAAUCGUUACUCGACGAUCGAGAUCGAACUGGCCGCGCUGCCGACCGAACGCUACAAGAGGAAUGUGGUUCGCGGUCGGCUCGACCUGGUGGUUUCUGUAGGUGGGACCACGGGGCUGUUCGUCGGGGCCAGUCUGCUUUCGUUCGUCGAGAUUGUGUACUAUUUUACGAUCCGUCCCUACGGGACGGUUUUCAUGAGGAAGUUCCGCGGCAAGCAACAAAUUCGUUAG